UCUUGGAAACAAAACACGAUUGAGAUUGAGAUUUGAGAUUCAGAUAUUUCAGAUAUUCAGAAUUUUGAGUUUUGAGUUUCACCAUAGUUGACCCUUUUCAUCUUCUUCUGCAGCCCUAAUCCGUCUCCCCAGCGUCCUCUCCGCUUUCUUUCUCAUUCAUUUCCAUUCGAUCGAUUCCUCCAUUUUCACUGACGCCAACAAUGGUUUUCUCGCUCAUCCAUGGCGGUUACUUGCCUUUGCUCUUUUAGUAUAUGCUUCCGCCAAUCAGUGAGCAGUGAGCGUCCUUCAUUGCCCUCAUUUUCUUCAAUUUUCGUCAUCUCUUCUGCCUCUUAAUCUUCAGGUGGUCUCCAAGCAGGCAAGUUUAUGAGCUGGUUGGAUCAUCACAGUGAAGCUCCAAGGGAAAUUCUUGAAUAGGUUUUUCAUACCCGGCUUCACUUACUGGGGAAACAAAGUAUUCCCUUUUUAAGAAUGCAGAAUCAGGAAAAUCUUGAUGCAGAUAGCAACGUGGAGUCUGUAAUAUCUAUUCAAACAUCAGAUUACGAUUGUUGGGGCAAUUUGGGUGAUGAUGAUAUCCUGCAGCAGCAAUCUGCAAUUUUUGUUGAGGAAGCUGAGAAAGUUCCAUUUGUUGGUGACAAGGAACCACUCACUUCUUUAGAAGCUGAAUAUAAAUCUGGAAGUCCCAUUUUGCUGGAGAAAAUUAAGGUGCUCAGUGGCCAAUAUAUUGCCAUUCGUCGAACACGUGGUGAUGGGAACUGCUUUUUCCGCAGCUUCAUGUUUUCGUAUCUCGAACAUAUUUUAGAGUCGCAAGACAAAACUGAAGUUGAUCGCAUCAGAACAAAUGUGGAAAAUUGUAGGAAAACACUUCGAAGUUUGGGAUAUACAGAAUUUACUUUUGAAGAUUUUUUUGCGCUAUUCCUUGAGCAGCUGGAAAGUGCUCUUCAAGGAAAUGAAACUUCUAUAAGUCAUGAUGAACUUGUAAUUAGGAGUCGGGACCAGUCUAUCUCCGAUUAUGUUGUUAUGUUUUUCAGGUUUGUUACAUCAGGUGAGAUACAAAAGCGUUCAGAAUUUUUUGAGCCUUUUAUUAUGGGAUUGACUAAUGGAACGGUUGAACAGUUCUGCAAAUCGGCAGUUGAACCAAUGGGUGAAGAGAGUGAUCAUGUACACAUAAUUGCCUUAUCUGAUGCCUUGGGUGUGCCGAUCCGCGUUCUUUACCUUGAUCGGAGCUCUUGUGAUUCCGGUGGUGUCAGCGUAAAUCACCAUGAUUUUGUUCCUGCUGUUAGUGAUGUCUCAAGUGACAGUGCUGGCUCUGAGACUAAGAUCCCUUUCAUUACUUUGCUCUAUCGUCCCGGUCAUUAUGAUAUCCUCUAUCCAAAGUAAUGGCCAUUGGCAAAACCUGGUCGGGCUCUUAGUUUGAACUGCAUCGACAUUUGACACGACAGUCGUUGAUCCAAGUUUCGACAAGAUGAAGGUUGAAUCUUCAUAACUGAUGCUUGCCAAAUGUUCUGUACUGAUUUUAAAUAUACUGUUGAGCUGCUUGAGUAAAAAAAACAAUUAUAUUCACCAGUUAACUGAAAUUGGAAAUAUAUGUGAUCAGUCAUUGAGAUUUUCAGCCA